GAGAAGCGUAACAUCCACUGUUACUUGGAUGAAGAUUCUGGGAUGUGGGUGAAAAUGCCGGUAUCAUGGGAGCAACACACCGACUUCAUUAAACCACUGAUUGCAGAGACCCAGCAAUCCGUGCCAAUGUGGAAGGACAAGUACGACAUCGUCGCAGCGCUGCGGAGAGCAAACUACGAUCCGGAUGACGCCAUCUCCACGUUCUUUGCUGGGGAUACGGGAGUGAUGGACAGCCCCGACCGACUGACCGGCGUCAGCACCAAGCUCAUCAAGGAGAAGGACGAAAAGAUCUCUGUGCUGCAGGAAAAGUAUACAAAAGUGCAAAAAUCCCACAAGGAUUGGCACCAGAAUAAAAAGCUGCAAGGAGAAGUGGACAAAAUGAAAAGCCGAGAUUAUUCUAUUGUUUUGUCACAGUUGGAACAGCUUCGUGAGCAGUGCUCUACGCUGGAGGUGGAGGCUAGGAAGACGGCAAGCCUUAGACUGGCCGCCAUGCAGCAGGAGAGACCGCGGACUGGCAGGCCGGUCACAGCCAGACGCAGGGCUCCUACUCCGGAUAUUGAAACAGCUGAGCCAGACACAGAUCCCGACUCCACUUUUGACGAUUCCCCUCAGCAUGCCCUGUCUACCCCGCAGCCAACAAUAGUGGUAGAGCCCCAGGGUCCUACCAUUGAUACAGACCUAUUGAUCAGUGUGAAUCGGGCUGCCAAGGAGCUGGACAAGUCCAAGUUGACACUGAAGAAGGUGGUGAAGCAGGGCUUUGAGGAUUUGAAGGACCUGGUUGCAGCCGCCUUGUCGGGCCUGUCCAAGAUGAAGAACAUGGACUCCAGCACAUCACAGGAGCUACAGGAUCUCAAGGUGCUAUACAAGAAGGAGUGUCUACAGAGGAAAUUACUCUACAACCAGCUGCAAGAGCUGCGUGGGAACAUCCGUGUGUUCUGCAGGGUGCGCUACGACUCCCGCACCGAUUGCUGCGUGGACUUCCCUGAUGAUCAGAAAAUCUGCGGCACCAACCCAGCCGGCAAGAAGAUGAUGUACAGCUUUGAUAAAGUCUUCACUCCAACCUCCAAGCAAACAGAGGUCUUUGAAUUGGCCCUGCCUAUCAUCACUUCCUGCGUGGACGGUUACAACAUCUGCAUCAUGGCUUACGGCCAGACAGGCUCCGGGAAGACCUUCACCAUGAUGGGGACCAAGGAUGACCCGGGGGUCAACGUACGCUCCAUCCGAGAACUGCUGAAGAUCUGCAAGGAGAGAGACCAGGUGUCCUACACACUGAAGGUGUCAAUGCUGGAGGUUUACAACGAGGCACUGCAGGACCUCCUGUGCGAGGAAGGCGACAGGAAGAAACUGGACAUCAAGAUGCAAGGCAAGAGGCUGCUGGUCCAGGACCUGACGGAGUUCGAAGUCCGGGAGGAAGGGGACAUCACAAGGGUCAUGGAGAUGGGAGAUGCCAAUCGGACCGUUGCCGCGACCAAGAUGAACUCAACAAGCUCUCGUUCCCACUUGCUGCUGAUCCUGAACGUGGAGGGCGUGGACAAGGUUUCCAAGGCAACCAGCUACGGCUCCCUCAUGCUGGUUGACCUGGCCGGUUCUGAGCGAAUCGCCAAGACCGGGGCCACAGGACAAACUCUUGUUGAAGCGGCUGCUAUCAACAAAUCCCUCACCUCAUUGGGCCAGGUGUUUAAUGGACUCAGAACGAGCGCUCUGCACAUCCCCUAUAGGAACUCCAAGCUGACUCACUUGCUGCAACAAGCCCUGGGCGGAGACGCCAAGGCCUGUCUUUUUGUCAACGUGAGCCCCGACGUCAACAACAUCAGCGAGACACUGAGCACGCUCCAGUUUGGCGCCAACGCUAAGCAGGUGUCACUAGGACAGGCCACAAAGAACGUCUCCAAAGGCGGACCGAAGAAAUGAGCCAGAGGUCAUGG